GCCUGCGUGCGUUGAUGGAUGGAUACAUAUUUUGAGUAUGAAGGCCAAAGAAAAAAGCAACACAUUAAUUUAUGAUUCUUUGUUAUUCACCAGGGAGACGUCGAAGCCAGUUUCUAGUUCCUGCAAGUGGUAGCCGAGACAACACCGAGGAACAUCAAGUCGGUGGACUGAAUGAAACUGGAGGUUUUCAACCCAUCAGUCAUACUGUUGCUUUUGGAGCAGAGCUCAUGGAACCUACUCCAAGUCCUCGUCGUGCCGAUGGUUUGAUAUACGGAGAGCUAGAGUUCUCGGACAGAACACCAUCCAAUGUCAUCAUCGGCUCCUUGCCCAAUACACAAUACGCACAGAUUAACUUUGCAGAUUUGGAUUAUCCAUCUCAGAAAUAAUUCUUUAUGAUCAGACUUGAAUCAGAAAUAUCUAAGACCACCUGAACAAGUCUCAAGAAUUAAUCAGAAUAAAAUUGGACAUUUUCAGCCUGGUGUCAAAAUAAAUAUUAUCGGCAAAAUUAUGUUGUAUUAUAAAAAAAUGUUAAUUUUUAUUUUCUAUAUUUAUUUAUUGAAUAAUCUUUCGCAAUGCCUCCUAAACAUUUAUUUUAGGAAUAUUUGUAGUAUAUUACUAUCGUUUAUCAGCUGUGGCAUUACAACGCCCUCAGUUAUCUGCAUUUUGUGUUUCUCUACCUUUUGUACUUCAUUUUACCCUUUUCUAAUUAUUAAGCACUGUAAAUAAACAUUGACUUUUUAACUUCUAAACGAGAAUAACAAAAGGUUUAGUUCAUAAAACUAUUUUCAUUGGAACAGCAAAGUUGUCAAUCAAAUGUUGAUAUAAUUAGUGAUAUCUUCUGUUCACAAACCGCACCUCCUGUUGAUACAGUUGUGCACAAUUUGCUUCUGAAGUAACAUUUUCUGUUGAGCGAGUAUGCCAACGCAUAAGAAAAUUGAGUCUGGACUUUGUUUUCAGGGUGUACACUCUUCUUUCAGAGAUAUAUUUUAGAUAUAGUUUCAUCUACCUUUAAUGUUUGCAAAAAACAGCAGGACAUAUAUUUACUUUGAAUUAAAUGGAUUUAAUUUCUAUGGAAA